AUGGCUUAUUAUCAACAGGGAUUAAACAAUAAUAGCAAUGCCAAUAUAUAUACACAGCAGAAUAUGGGCAAUGGUUUCAAUCAACUGGGUGUCCAGCAGAAUUCUGGCUUCUUUAAUUCUGGAAACACGGAAAGUUCUAAUAUGCCAACUGGAUCAAUGCAGACAUCCUUGAACUUUAAUGAGACUUCAGGGGAGCAUAAUCCGAACCAACUUAGCAAGGGUUUAUUGGCUGCAUUUUCAACAUCCGGAUAUCCGGGAGAGCCCCCAUUAUUAGAGGAAUUGGGUGUAAACUUUGGCCACAUCAAAGGGAAAACGCUGGCAGUCCUAGGGUUUAAAUCAAGAAGUAUUAGUGAAGAUGUGAUUCAGGAUUCAGAUCUAGCGGGUCCAAUUCUUUUUUGCCUCCUAUUUGGAAUUCUUCUUCUCCUUUCAGGCAAGACGCAUUUUGGAUACAUAUAUGGUAUUGCACUUUUUGGUACUAUUUCAUUACAUUUAUUGUUCAGACUAAUGUCUAACAACUCUGGUCCUGGAGGGCUUGAUCUGCUUAGAACAGCUUCUGUUUUAGGGUACUGCCUUCUUCCAUUAGUAUUACUCAGUGCAUUGGCGGUUGUGCACGAUUUAGACAACACUUUUGGAUACGUAUUAGGAAUUAUUGCAAUUUUCUGGUGCACAUACUCGUCAUCAGCAUUUUUCGUGAGGGUUUUACAGCUAACGAAUGCAAGAUUACUAGUAGCAUAUCCAUUAGCAAUGUUUUAUUCUGUUUUUGCGCUCAUGGCAAUAUUUGUGGAGAAGAAAGUUUGA